AUGAGAUCUUUCCUUUUGACCCUUCCAAAAUCUUUCUUAGGGUUUAUGCCAUUAUACCUUGCAGUCGAGAUUGUUUUGGGUAUUUCUAUUCUGAACAAAUGUAGUGGUGUUUAUGGUAUCUUAGCGUUGUUUACAGGCCAUCCAUUAGAUUUCAUGCAAUGGGUAGCAUAUCUUUGGUCGGUAUUUACAUUAAUUAUAUUUUCACAAGGGCUAUAUUUGAUUCAUAAGCCAAACUUAUUGCUUUUCUCUCAAAUCUGCGCACUAUACACUCUCGAUACCCUGUUUACUUGUUUUUUUACUUUAUGGUUUACCACGCAAUGGUUUACUUUGGAAGAUACUGCUGGUGGCGUUGCAUCACAAAGUAAUAACAGUAAUCUGAUAUCAACCGAGAGGCUUACAGUACGUAAUACUGAUAUAAGUAAACAAAGUGCUACUGAGAGCUACGAAUACUCCAUAACUAUUCUAAUUACAUUGGUAUCAUUGAUAUUCAGGUUCUAUUUCAACCUUAUUUUGGCAUCCUUUGUUCAGGAAUUGCUACACCAUCCCAAGUAUUUAGUUGAUAGAGAUGAUGUAGAACAAAACUUGAAAAACAAGCCUAUUUGGAAAAGGCUCUACGCCAAGAGCCAAAAAGGUUGUUACAAGCUAUGUAAAAAUUUACUAAAUUAA